AUGGAGGAGACCUAUGAUGUCAUUGUCCUGGGUACAGGGCUCACCGAGUGUGUCCUCUCUGGAAUCAUGUCAGUGAAUGGGAAAAAAGUUUUGCACAUAGAUCGCAAUGACUAUUAUGGGGGCGAGAGCGCUUCCAUUACCCCUCUGGAAGAGCUCUAUCAACGGUUUAAUAUUAUUGGACCUCCAGAACCAAUGGGGAGAGGCAGAGAAUGGAACGUAGAUCUCAUACCCAAGUUCCUAAUGGCCAAUGGACAGCUGGUGAAGAUUCUUCUGUACACAGAAGUAACACAAUAUAUCGAUUUUAAAGUAGUAGAUGGGAGUUAUGUCUACAAAGCUGGGAAAAUUCACAAGGUCCCCUGUACAGAGGAAGAAGCUCUGGCAUCAGACCUGAUGGGAAUCUUUGAAAAGAGACGUUUCCGAAAAUUCCUUCUGUUUGUGGUGAACUUCAGAGAGCAUGACGCUAAAACCCACCACGAUGUCAACCCCAAGAAGAUGACCAUGCGGGAGGUGUACAGGAAGUUUGAUCUAGGUCCAGAGGUCAUGUCAUUUACUGGACAUGCUUUGGCCUUGUAUCGAACUGAUGACUACUUGGACCUACCUUGUUUGGAGACUAUAAACCGGAUUAAGCUGUACUGUGAGUCGCUGGCUAAAUACAGCAAAAGCCCCUAUUUGUACCCCCUGUAUGGGCUGGGAGAGCUGCCGCAAGGCUUUGCCAGGCUCAGCGCCAUGUAUGGUGGAAUCUACAUGCUGAACAAGCCGGUGGAUGAGAUCCUAUUGGAAAAGGGACGGGUGAUCGGUGUUAGGUCACAUGGCGAGAUUGCUCACUGCAAACAGCUAAUCUGUGACCCAAGUUAUGUUCCUGACCAAGUGAAGAAAACAGGACAGGUGGUGCGGGUCAUCUGCAUCCUCAGCCAUCCAAUCAGAAACACCAAUGAGUGCACAUCCUGCCAAAUCAUCAUCCCCCAGACCCAAGUCAACAGGAAGUCAGAUAUCUACGUGUGCAUGGUCUCCUGCGCACACUGUGUAGCGUCAGAUGGGAAGUACAUAGCGAUAAUCAGCACAACUGUAGAAACCGAAGAUCCAGAGAAAGAAAUUCAGCCGGCUUUGCAGCUCCUGGAACCUGUAGACCAAAAGUUCGUCUCCGUAACUGACCAAUAUAUCCCAAAACACGACGGAACAAAGAACCAGAUUUUUAUCUCCCGAUCUUAUGAUGCUACCACACAUUUUGAAACAACCUGUGAUGACAUUAGAGACAUCUUUCAGAGAAUGACUGGUGCCACUUUGGACUUCAGAGAUAUGUGGAAUGCACACACAGAGAGGAACAAGAAAAAUGCAGAAUGACUUGCCAUCUAUACAACUCUGUAA